AUGACUAUAAUUAAAUAUAAAGAUGGAGGGCGGAGGCCGCGAGAAGCGAACUUCGCAGUGGCGCCGCCCGGGGGCGUCCUUGCUUGCACAUGCGCCAAUGCAUCGAUCGAUGCAGCUAUAUGCCCGGGGAGUGGCAACGACUUGUUGCAAUGGAUGUCCAAGGAGAUGAUAGUGGGUCCAAUAUUUGAAAUUCUUCUGAGUUAUAGAACUAUAACUAUAAUUAAAUAUAAAGAUGGAGGACGGGGGCCGCGCGAGGCGAACAACGCAGUGUCGCCGCCCGGGGGCGUCCUUGCUUGCACAUGCGCCAUUGCAUCGAUCGAUGCAGCUAUAUGCCCGGGGAGCGUCGGGACAAAAACAAAAAGCACGCUCGUUAGCAAAGUCCAAACAAAGAGGCGAUUAAAGACGGAGCGCGGUCAGUCGCGCGGCGGAUGCACUAACAGUGAGGCUGAGGCAUGCUACAGCCGGGCCCGGGCCUACGAUCUCCCUUCCCGCGCCCCCUCCAUCCCUCAAAAGCAGAAAUCUAGCGUCUGCGCG